UAUGAUGAUAAAAAAGUACGGUCAAAUGUAUUGAGAGAUGGUAACUAACAUUGAUCGAGUGUUGGCAAUCCUGAGAGCAAGUCAGACCAGCGCAGACAGUCCAGUCUCCAUAUUCCUCUGUCCCCAUUCCGUUCCUCUUAUCUGUUCUCUUGUUCCAUUGUUCCAUUCUAUGUUGCCGUCACCGUCAUAAAAAUUUUGGAUUUCUAAUCCAAUUCCGUGUCCGUCUAAAAGUGAUUGGUUGAUUGGUGUGUUGUAAAAUUAGUCUACUGAAACUGCGGAUUGUUCUAGUAGGCUAGUUAAAACAAAAUAUGUAAAUUUAUUUUAUAACGCAAAAUGAUAACCAAUGUUCAUAAAAGUGAUAUAAAUUAUGUGGAAGAUGUCAGUCAGCAACAGGAUCAGAAAUCCACAAGUGAAGAUGACUUGUUAUCCGAAGAGAUGAUGGAUCCAUCUUGUCUGUGUGAGGUUUUGCUGUAUUCUUCAGAUUCACAGACGGAUUUUGAUCCUAUGCCUAACACACUUUCUGGAUGCUAUAUAAAUGAAUUACGAGAACUACCUCAAGAACUUAUGGGAGAUGAAGGCCCAGAGGAAGAGGAGGAAUACAUUCUAAGUGACAAUGGUGAUUCUAUUUUUGCCAAUAUGCUCAGAAUACAACAUUCUCGAGAGAUAGAACAUGUGCCUUCAAAAUCAGACUACGUGCCUAAUUUUAAACCUGCAGAUUCAUCUGCUUGUAUUCCUGUGGACGUGCCUUGUGGCAAAACAGAAAAUUUGCCUUCUUGUGAAUCAGCACCAGAAACUCACCCUCUUACUAAAACUUCAGGUUUUAUUAAUAUCGUACCAGAAAACUCCUCUUUAUGUGAAUCAGAAACAUAUUCUUCGUGCAGAGCAGAUACUUUUCCUAUUAUCAAACCUGCAGAUGUUUUAAAUUCCAAAGAAGAAGCUUUGCUUUCUACAGAACGAGUAGCUUGUAAUGGACAAACUACUAUGAUUUCUUGCAAAUCAGGAACCUCUAAUCCUGCAAAUUCCAAACGAAGGAGUAGGUCUUCUCGCAAAUCAAAAAUAUCUCCUUCCAAAAAACGUAGAAAGAGAAAUUUAUUGUCAAAGGCUUUGUCAUCUCAUGAGUCAGAAACUUCUCCAGACAAAGAAUCUGCUGAUGUUACAAAUCCAUCAGAAGCUUUGUUGUCUUGUAAGCCAGAAAUAUUUUCUUCUUGCAUACCUGUAACUUCUUUGGUCAAACCUGCAGAUGCUAUAAAUCCAAUUGCCGAAACUUUACCUUCUAUUGAACUAGAACAUUUUCCUUCAUGUAAAUUAGAAUCUACUAUGAUUUCUGACAAAUCAGGAACUUCUAAACCUAAAAGUUCCAAACGAAGAAGUAGGUCUCGUAAAUCAAAAGUUUAUUCUAGUAAACGUAGAAAAGUUGUAAAGUCAGUAGCGAAGGCUUUGUUGAUUAGCGAUCCAAACACAUCUCCUACCAGCAUACAUGCAGAAGUCACAAAUCCAUCAGAAGUUUUGCCUUCUUGUGAAACAGAAAUCUCUCCUUCUCGUACAUCUGUAACUUCUUCAAUUAUCAAACCAGCAGAUGUUACAAAUCUCAUAGAUGGACCUUUGCCUUCUAUUGAUGUAGAAAAGGUUUCUUCAUGUAACUUAGAAUAUAAUACGAUUUCUUGCAAAUCAGAAACUUCUAAACCUUCAAAUUCCAAACGAAGAAGUCGGUCUUCUCGUAAAUCAAAAAUUUAUUCUAGCAAACGUAGAAAAGUUAAAAAUUCAGUAUCAAAAGCUUUGUCGUCUAACGAUUCAAAAACUUCUCCUACCAGCUCACUUACAGAAGUUACAAAUCCAUCAGGAGUAUUGAUGUCUUGUGAACCAGAAAUCACUUCAUGUUGCGAGUCAGAAACAUUGCCUUCUUGCAAACCUGUAACUUCUAUUAUCAAACCUUCAGAAGUUAUUAAUCCUAUUCUAGAAACUUUACCUUCUAAUGAAAAGGAAGAAUUACUAGCAAGUAACUUAGAAACUACUGUGAUUUCUUGCAAAUCAGGAACUUCUAAACCUGUACAACCGAAAAGAAGAACUAGGUCUUCGUAUAAACUAGAAAUUUCUUCUGUCAACAAACUUACAGAAGCAACAAACUUAGUAUCAGAUGGUUUGUCGUGUAGUGGAUCAGAAACUUUUCCUGAUAACAGACCUAUGGAAGUUACAAAUGCAGUAUCAGAAGCUUUGUCGAACAGUGGGCCAGAAAUUAUUUUAGACAACAGACCUAUGGAAGUUGCAAAUGCAAUAUCAGUGGGUUUAUCUCAUAGUGAACAAGAAACUCUUUCAGACAACAGACCCAUGGAAGUUACAAAUUUAGUAUCAGAGGUUUUGUCUUGUGUGCCAGAAGUUUACCCAGUCAACAAAUCGGACACAGAUGUUACCAAUUCCAAACAAAAUGCUUUAUUUUCUUGUGUACCUGAUGCGGGGCCAGUCAUGGAACCUGACAAAACUGUAGAAAUUAAAGCUGAACCUGAUGAUGAAAAUACAAUGGAAGAAAAUACAAUGGAAGGAAAAGAGAAUAUUAAUAUUAGUACCAAUCGACAGGAAAACUACAAGGAAAGACAGAUGCUGCCUCUAUGUGAAAGAAGGAUACUGAUGGUGCUUCUUCACCGUUUGGAAGACGGGGAGUGCAGACUAUGCUCCAACAAGAAUGGGGAGAUUUCACCCUUCUUCUCUGCUGUUAAAUUGCGUCUUCCAAAGCCAAAGAAAAAACACAAAAAAUCAAGUGCCGAUUACAAGACUUGUUUCAACCGUUACAGGAAGUUUAGAAAAUGUGUUUGUAAAAAAAUGUUUAUGAACGAUACAUUGCUUAAGGCGCACCAACAGUCAAAGACAUGUUUUCGCUUCCAGUGUAGGGGGUGUCUGCGACGGUUCAACAAGCAGGAGAAGUUGGACGAACAUGUGGCAUCCAAGUGUGAGACGGUCAAAGUAUUCAGUUGCAACGUGUGCAACAGACGAUAUCUUUACAAACGGGAGCUGGUUAGACACAUGACACCUGUGUGUCAGACUCUGAGGACUUUCAAGUGUGAUUACUGUCCGAAGAAGUUCCUAGGAAACGAAAAAAGGAGAAAGCAUAUGAGAAUUCACGGAGUUGGGAUUUACCAGAGAAGUUUUUUGUGUGAGUUUUGUGGUAAAUUAUUGAGUUCAUCACCAUACAGGUUUCGAGAACAUGUGCUCACACAUUCAGACGAGACAUCUUUCUUUUGCUCCACAUGUGGAAAAGGCUUUAAAUCUCGUAGAGGUCUACGUACUCAUGCUACUACACAUUCUGAAGAACGGCCUUUCAAAUGUGCGGAAUGCCACAACUCAUUUAAAACGUUGAAACAAUUGAAGGACCAUUUGGCAGUACACGGGAUGGGGUAUUCUCAUAUAUGUAAGGUCUGUGGCAAAGGCUUGAAUAAGAAGUCGUUAUAUGAGAAGCAUGUUAGAAUGCAUGAGAUUCAAAAUAUUAAGAAGGAAGAGGUUCUCAAUAUUAAGGCGUGUGUGACCCAUGAUUGUAACCAGUGUGGAAAGUCGUUCAAGAGACGUGAUCUUCUGAGGCAACAUUUGUUAGUUCAUAAUGAUGUAAAACCACACGAGUGUAAAAUUUGUGGGACUUCUCUCAAGUAUGCUAACAGUAUGAAACGGCACAUGCUUAUGCACUUGAAGAAGUCUGUUGCGGAUUUGAGUGAUUCAAGAGUGCCUCACAUAAAGAAAGAGUUUCCAGAUGAUAAAAAACCUGAAAUUUGCAAUGAGUGUGGAAAAGCAUUUGCGUCUAAAGAAGCAUUAAAAUUGCAUUCCACGGCUCACAUGAAAGAACGACCUUUCAGUUGUGAAGUUUGCAAAAUGUCAUUUAAAACUCGUGUGCACCUUAACCAACAUAUGGUGGUGCAUUCUGAUGUGAAACCUAACAAAUGUAAUAUUUGUGGGAAAGUUUUUACAAAAAGCCGAAGUCUAAAAUUGCAUGCAUUGACGCAUACUGAUGAAAGACCUUACCCUUGCCCAAUUUGUGGAACAUUGUUCAAGUCACAAGACCAUGUCAAACGUCACAUGAUGGUGCAUACUAAGUCAAACCCAUUUUUGGGCAUAGAAAACACAGACGUUACUGAAAUGAAAGAGGAAACUAUGGAUGUAAAGCCGCUUCUGUGUAAUGUAUGUGGAAAAAGUUUCACAAGUAGGCUUAAAUUGAGACUUCACUCUUUGGUUCAUACUGAUGACAGACCAUUUCCUUGUUCAGUUUGUGGAGUAAAAUUUAAGGCACGUUUUUACCUGAGACGACACAUGUUGGUACACUCCAAGACAACUACAUCGGAAGAUCAAUCACAAGCUGUUGUGAAGAAGGAGAAUGUUUUGUUGGAUAAACCAUACGUCUGCAACACGUGUGGUGAGUCAUUUAUGAGCCAUGAAAAUCUAAAUUUACACUCGCUGAUUCACAAAAUCGAACAACCUGUUGUUUGUGCAAUGUGUGGUGCUUUGUUUGAGUCCAACCAUCAACUGGUACAGCACAUGGCUGUGCACUCAGAGGAGGUUACUUCAGCUGACACUGAAGUGCCGGUCCAGAUAAACACAGAAGAGGAUAAAGCAACCCACAUGUGUAGUGAAUGCGGUCAGUCCUUUAUCUCUGUAGAAAAUUUAAAAGAUCAUUUCUUAACACAUUUUGACCUGAAAGUUCCCACUGUUGCAGAAGUAGAGAAGCGAGAAAACAAUUUGCUCAAGGCAUACUUGCUGAAGAAGAACUCUCAUGAAAGCAAUACAAGUGAAUCAACUCAAAUAUUACAUCAGAAUUACUACAUCUCGAAUGGAGACUCAAUUGUUCGUCCUUUUACAUGUGACUUGUGUACUAAAUCAUACCGCAGAAAGAGCGAUUUAGAUCGACAUAUGCUCGUCCAUGGACUGGUGAAACCGGGUACUAUAUCUUUUAAGUGCUCAGAUUGUGGCAAGUUGUUUGGAGCAAAGUACAAAUACGAGCAUCACCUUAAAACUCACAGUGGGGAAAAGCCAUUUCAUUGUGACCAGUGUGGGAAAAAUUUUAAAGAGAAGUAUUCGCUACAAAGACACCAACAGACUCAUGCUGAUCAGAGGCAAAUUUUCAGUUGUAAUAUAUGCAAAGUGGGAUUUUACAAGUUACAGAGCUUAAGACAUCAUAUGAAUAAAGUUCACGGAAUGAGUAGUGACGUGGUGGAUCCAAAAUUUGAAUUUAAAGUCGAAUCUAUUAAAGAAGAAAAGUUGGAAGACGCCGAGUUGCCAGUUCUUCAUAGGUUACAGAAUGUAGCUGUUCAUGAAAGGGGAUACUCUUCUGGAGCUUAUUUUCAGUCGUCCUUCAACACCUUACACAAUGAAAUGUCCAUUCCUGGGGUGAGUUUAGAUCUGUCUGCCAAGACUGGAAAUUUCAGGCAACAGUCUAGUAUGCAUUUGCUUACGAUGAUGACUGACUUUGAUCAAGGCAAAGAAGAAUUGCAUUCAAUAAAAACUGAAUCUUUAAUUGACAUCCAACAUUGGUAACCUGUUGGAUAUAGUCAGAACAUAAGACACCGGUGAAUAAAGAAUUGACACGUCUGUUAGAAAACUAAAUGUCAAUUACAAUGAAUAGCCAGUAUUAUUUUUGUUAGUGAUAUCACCCAAAGGCCCAUAAAGUUACCAUAAUUGUAUGUAAAAAGCAGUAUUGGGCUUCUUAUGUUAAUCAAUUAUUUCAAAUGUUGUAAAGUAAAAUUAUUAAUAGAGAUAAUCCAUUAAUGGAUUAGAACAUGAAAUUCAAAUUUGUUCUAAAAUCAUACAAACAACAAAGUUAAUUUGUUAUUAUGAUUUGAAUGUUAUGGAUAAUCAUUCCAACAAUGUUGAUAAUGCACAUUAUUAAAGAAAAAAUGUAUAUGUAAUUAAAAAAAUAAACUUUAACAAAUAAAAGAUACCUUUUUUGAAAAUUAUUUAUAUUAAAAAUGUAUAUUACUUUAAAAUACACAAGUCAAUAAACCUAAAAGAUAGGACAUAUUUAUUUUAUAAUUGUUAUGAAUUUUUACAUAUGAAAACUCGGACAACAUAACAAUUUAUUACUGUGUUAUUAAAUCUAGUUCAGACUUAACAAAUGUACAAUUAAGAUAAUUUGAGUUUUUACUAAGUAGGAAAUGAUUUAAAUUAAUGUUCAUUUCAUUUAGUUGAAACUCAUUUGAAUUUACCUAUUUUUGUGACAGAAGAAUUGAAACACAGUUUUAUUAUAUGAACGUGUUUACGUUUAUUGUGACCCUUGUAUUUUUUUAAACGUAUCUACAUGAAUAUAUUCAACAAACUCAAAUCGUAAAUCAAUUGUCUUUAUUUAAUGUAACACUUUUGGUAGAUAGUAUUUGUGAAAUAGUGAUAGCACUUGAUUUAGAUAAAAUAUUAAACUA